AUGGAUUCCUCAGCAGCACCAACACGAUCACCUGUACAAACCUGGACAACUACCGCCAAUCAAGAUCAACCAACUCCGAUUCAGCCAAACCUAAUCGUUCCAGCGGAUAUUGAAAUCAAUCCAAAGUUAUGGUAUAGAAUUGUACCUAUUACAAUUCCAGUUAUAGGUCUGAAUGGAGUACCAACACAAUGUACUCAAGAACUAUGGUACGAAUUGGUUGUAAAGGAGAUUCCAGUUAUGGGUCCAAACAACGAACCAACUCAUUAUAGAUGUCAUUUUAUAUUAAAAGAAACUAAAGAAAAUGAAAAUAAUAUAAAUUAA